GUCUCUCUUCCUGUCUCUCUCCCUCUUCCUGUCUUCUGUCUCUCUUCCCCUUCUUAUCUAUCUCUCUUCUUCUCUUUCUCUCCCUCCCUCGUCUAAUUUCUCUCUCAACAUGGGCAAGUUGACCAGCACGAUCGGAAUCCCCAUCAAGCUUCUCAAUGAAGCGCAGGGACACGUCGUCACGCUCGAAAUCACCUCGGGGGUGGUAUAUCGCGGGAAACUCCUCGAAGCCGAAGAUAACAUGAACGUCCAACUCAAGGAUAUCACAGUCACCGCGCGCGACGGGCGUGUCUCGCAUCUCGACCAGGUGUACAUCCGGGGGAGCCAUGUGCGAUUCUUCAUUGUGCCUGAUAUGCUGAGAAACGCUCCUAUGUUCCGGUCGCGAGGCCAGCGCGGACGAGGUGUCGGGUUGGCGCGCGGAAAGGCGACGGUACAGCGUGCGCGCGGACAGAGAAGGGGGUGA